UGAAGUUCUUUUUUGUAAUGGCAACAGGAAUUUCUUACAACUUUUAACUCGGUAAAGAAAAGUUUAGAUCUCCUGUUUGGCAAAUAAAAUAUAAUCAUGGCUAUGUCUUUGAAUCCUGUUCGAGUCCUUAAGGGAGAUACUGAAGAAGAAAAACGAGAGGAUGCUAGGUUAUCCUGUAUCUUUGGCUCUAUCGCCAUAGGUGAUCUUUUAAAAUCUACAUUAGGUCCCAAAGGAAUGGAUAAAAUUUUAGUAUCUGAUUCUAAACGAAGUGCUAAUGCUAUAGAACUAACUAAUGAUGGUGCAACAAUUUUAAGAUCAAUUGGUGUUGAUAAUCCUGCUGCUAAAAUACUUGUUGAAAUUUCAAAAGUUCAAGACAGUGAAGUUGGUGAUGGAACUACCACAGUUACUGUUCUUGCAUCUGAACUAUUAAAAGAAGCUGAUAAACUUAUUACACUAAAAUUACAUCCUCAAACAAUAAUUUUAGGUUGGCGAAAGGCUAAGGAAGCUGCUUCAAAGGCUAUGUUAGCUCAUGUUGCUGAUAGAAGUGGUGAUAAAGAACAGUUUGAGAAAGAUCUCCUUAACAUUGCUCGAACUACUUUGAGUUCUAAGAUUUUGAGUCGGCAUAAAGAUUUUUUUGCCAAUAUAGCUUUAGAUGCAGUGAAAAGAUUAAAAGGAUCUGCAAAUUUAAAUGCUAUACAGUUUAUCAAAAAACUGGGUGGUUGUCUCACAGAUUCAUUUUUGGAUGAUG